CAAAAACUGGAUAAGAAGUCACAAUGCUAUCUAUACUGUGUUUUGUGAGUGUUUUGUGCACUAUACAUGCAUCAGUGAUAAACAUUAACAUCUUUAAUGAAGGCUUGAAUACAAAUAAGACCUCAAUUAAAUUGCGUAACUGUGACGUUAUGGCUUGUGACCAGCUCUGCCAUGAACUUGGAUUUCCAAGUGGCGCGUGCGAUGGUGAACAAUGCGUUUGCGAUAAUUUCCUCAAAACACGUGGUUCACGCACAAAAACUGACAACCAACUACCUCAACUGGAUUGUACUACGUCAGAGUGUGAUCAAUUGUGUCGCAGAUUCGGAUUUUCUGGCGGUAUCUGUAUUGGUGGACAAUGCGAAUGUGGAAAUAUACACAAAAAUGCGGACCUAAAUGAAAAUCAAUCUACCCUCGAAAAUUGUGAUAUGCGAGAAUGUGAUCAAUCGUGUCGCCGAAUUGGAUUUCCUGGUGGCGUGUGCGUCAAUGGACGAUGCAAAUGCGACAUUAUAGCCAACAACAAUAUAACUGAUCUGGAUGAAGAUCGAUCUUCUCUCAAAGAUUGUAAUAGCCGAGGAUGCGAUCAGUCGUGUCGCAGAAUUGGAUUUCCUGGCGGUGUGUGCGUCAACGGACGAUGCAAAUGCGACAUUAUAGCCAACAACAAUAUAGCUGAUCUGGAUGAAGAUCGAUCUUCUCUCAAAGAUUGUAAUAGCCGAGGAUGCGAUCAGUCGUGUCGCAGAAUUGGAUUUCCUGGCGGUGUGUGCGUCAACGGACGAUGCAAAUGCGACAUUAUAGCCAACAACAAUAUAGCUGAUCUGGAUGAAGAUCGAUCUUCUCUCAAUGAUUGUAAUAUCCGAGGAUGCGAUCAGUCGUGUCGCAGAAUUGGAUUUCCUGGCGGUGUGUGUGUCAACGGACGAUGCGAAUGCGAUAUUAUUGCAACGCAAUUUCUGGGAAAAUUUAUAAGAAAUUUAAAAUGCAACACCGUGGAGUGUAACGAAAUUUGUCACCGUCUCAACUACGCGGGAGGGAUCUGUAAAGGCAACGAAUGCAGUUGCUAUUGAGUUAAUAUUGCUCUUCAGAAUGCUUCAGAAUUGCUCGAGUUGAAAGUUUGCAAAAAAUAUUUUUAUUCAGUUUCAUGUAUAAUUUUUAUAUCUUUUUCUUGGAGACACAUCUGGACUAUAAUUUUAAAUUGAAAUAUAAUCUUUAAAGUAUUGCACAUAUGGAUACCUAUUGAGAUAAAUGCAUUAAACAUAAUUACAAUUUGAAUUGUUUAAUAAAUAAAACAUUUAAAGAAAGAAUAUUAAUUAAACUUUGUGAGUUUGACGCUGAGAGAUUUACGAGUAUUAGUGAUAUCAUCAACUGUAAAAAUAAAUGUCUGUGAGGUCAUCCACCCGCUUGAAACUGCCAAUUAUCGCUAUAUUCCACUGAUUUUUGUCAAGUACUCUGUUUCACAUGAAUCCCAUAUUGGCAUUUUAAACAUUAUAAUUUAUUAUAAAUUAUAAUUUAUAUAUUAUAUAUAUUAUAAAAAAUAAA